AGGCUACGGUGUCAUGGACCACUACAUCAUAAGAAGUAGAGCCAGAGUCAGAGUAUCUUUGUUCUUUUUUUGUUCUUUUUCAUUUUCCGCCUCUGGGGAUCCGACACUAAAAACCCCUUUUUCAUUUUCCUUUCAAAGAAAUGACGUCCUCCGCAAGUUCCUGCUCUGUGCGCCGUUCGCUGCUGCGCCACAGAAGCUCUAGAAGAGGACCGCAGCUGCACUACCCUGACCCUGCUAAUAUGCAGCACGGGUUGAUGAUGUUCCCUCACACUCUACUGCCACCAGCAUGUGGUUUAUUUCCAUGCCCAUCCUACGCCUACCGGACCUUUGUUACAACAACGAAUGCAGCUGCAGGAGGGGCAUCUCCUGGAGGUAGCAGCAGUAGCAGUAGCAGCGGUUUAGACAUCAAGAGGGCGACGCGACUUCCUUAUCGAGGACUAUUGUCGCAAACCGAAACCAGCAGCACCGCAGGGCGAGCAGCGCGACCAAACGAGCAGAUGGUGCUGUCCAACCGACCUAAAAAUUUCUUACAGUCCUCCCCUGUCUUCGUACAACAUGAAAAUGCUUUUGGAAACCCCGCCCAAGCAAAAGUACUACGACAUUUCGCCACAGAAAACAACAAUCCAUCCGACAAAACAUUAACGGCAAACCCCAGCAAAAGUAGUACUAGCACCUACAUCCCCGACACCCGCGGCAUUGACCCCUUGAAGCAGCCAAAGCCCCCAUUCCCCUUUUUCGACUUUUCCGUACCCUGGCAAACGCGGGCGCAGCAGGUCUUCCGUGGGUCGUAUUGUGAGGAAAAAUCCCCCCUCCCCAUAUCAAACGAAGUUUCUAAUGCUGGAUUUCCGUACACAAAUCAGAGCUGUCUUGCAGUACAGGAUUGAAGGCAUAUGCCGCGCCUGAGUACAGGGCUUUGACGUGGACGCUUAGCAUCACAAAUGUCUAUGCUGUAACCCAGGCAGCAUCACAAACCUACCGUCCACAUAAUGCGGCGGAGACUGUAGAGUUGCCUUCUUGCAAGACAAAUGUGAUUUGUGACCUCAAAUCAGCAACACAAAUUUUCGGAGACAUACCUUUUCAAUAUGGGGAGGGGGGAUUUUUCCUUCCAAUAGGUCGCUCUACGUGUUUUCUUCCAUCGUAUUCGGCGGGAUCCUAUCCUGUGCAAAAGUAUCGUACUCGUACUAAUUGCAUUUAUGCAUUACAAAUCCCUUUUUCAAGGUCAAUCAGCAUUACAAAUUUGAUUUGUAAUGCUGGGGCAAUUUGUAAUGCAAUUUAUACUAGUACGUGUGCGAUGCUUUUGCAUUGCAUAGAUUCUCGGGUUCUACUUGUCGAAUUCAGAGAAGAAAAAGCAGCAGAUUCUAGCCGAUUUGAAAUCCGGAAAAAUGUUCUGGGAACUCGUCGGUUUCCGGAUGAAGAACGUAGAUUCGGAGGGGAAUAUUAUUCCCGACGUCGAUAUGGAUGUGUCAGGAUCGAAAUCGACAGAGUCGAAAAAUUUGUGAUGCAUAAAAUGUAGGGCACUGAGGGCCUGUAUUGGGGAGCAGGCAAAUGAGACCGAUUGUAAGCCUGUUUAGGGGGAUACAAUGUGCUGCCGGAGUAGCAUGACAGGCGCAGCCUUCUUUGCCUAAACAGCAUGACAGACUGGGUUUUGGUGCUCCCAAAAUUUGUCAUGCGCCACUUGGAAACUCAGACUCCAACUGGUAUCGAUUUUAUGCAUCACAAAUUAUUUCGAUUUUGUUGAUUUCGAUCCUGACACAUCCAUAGUCGAGGAAGAUAAUUUCUUAACGGACGAGGAGGAGUUCGAAGAUGAAGAGUCGGCUAUCCUACGUAAAAACGUCCCCACCCCAGAGUUGUCAUGCAAAUGCGAACUGACAAGAACAUUUGUAAUGCGCAGCUCCAUGAGAGGCAUUUCCAAUCGUGUUUUGGCAUUUGUAAUGCUGUAAACAGGAUUAGCGGAUGGCUUUCUCAUGCGGCUUCCCUUGCCAACCAGCACUACACUGCAGAGGGAAACCUGUCAUGCACAGGUCCCAAAACCUGGAGACUUGCCUUGCUACAUUCCCAACAUGACUGUGGGGUCGUGGGGACGUUUUUGCUCAGGAUAUCGAUUGAGUUGAGGAAAGUCCUGGCGCUAAACCUCAUCACGGACGAGGUUUUCGACAAUUCGGACAAUCUCUUCGUCAUCGUCGCCAGCAGUGACAUAUGCAUUGCAAAAGCAUCGUACAACUAGAACUAGUCUAAAUUGCAUUACAAAUUGCCUUAGCAUUACAAAGUAUAUUUGUAAUGCGGAUUGGCCUUAAGAAAAAGAUUUGUAAUGCCUAAGCGCAAUUAGAAUUAGUACGAGUGCGAUACUUUUGCACUGCAUAUGACAGGCAGCUCCACGAUCCGGUGUUCAAAAAGCACAUCCGGAAGCUUAUCAUAUGUAAAAACGUCCCCACCCCAUAGUCAAGUUGGGAACUUAGCAACACAAACCCAGAAGCUUUCAGAGCAACGCAUGACAAAUUCCAGUCCGUAGUGUAGUGCAGUUUAGCAAGUGCAGCCGCAUCACAAAUCCAUCUGCUCAUCCCGUUUACAGCAUUACAAAUUCCAAACCGCGACUGGAAAUGCCUCUCACGGAGAUGCGCAUUACAAAUCUUCCUGUAAUCGCAAAUCUGCAUGACAGCUAUGGGGUGGAGACGUUUUUACUCAGGAUAAAGCUGCAAAAAAUGGUGAUCGAGCACUGUACCAACCAGGAAAAACACGCCGGGAGUUUCACCCCGGCAAACGAAAUUAUCUACGCACAGUCCGGCCGGGGCAGUGUCGACUACAACAUGACUCCGGGCACGAUCACGACGAGAGUCCGCGCGGACGCCGAUGGGGUUGAUCCAGAGUCGAGGCCUUUGAUCGGGUCGCAAAUCAUCGGGAUACCGGACAUGCCGAAAACGGACGAGGACUUAGAGAAGAUGCCGCAUCAAAUAUCAACCAAAAAAAGUUCGUCACGAUCACUCAUGCGCAUUUUUGCAAUACAAAACUUUCUGUCAUGCGUAAAAAUGCAUCACAGCCAAACUUCGUAAGGGAUUUCGCUAGUGUUUCUGCAAUACAAGGAAAAGUUGCGAUGCUCAAAAAAUUUGUAAUGCAAAACCUGCAAGGUAGUGACUGUGACAAACUUUUUUCUCUCCAUAUCAAAAAUUGAAGCCAGGGAAAAUCCGGAACAGCUUGCCAAAAGAGAUCAAGUUCUACUACACGAUCCAGGAGAACCUCGCGGUUGACGCGCACACCACGGUGAAAUUCAUGACCUACCGGGGGCACCGCAAGGGAAAGUUCGAGUUCAACUUGUCGAACCCAGCCGCGGUUGCAGAAGGGAAAACUGAUGAGCAAAAGUCGGACGAUAAUAGUGGGACUACUACUUCAACUUCAUCUUCCAAUUCAUCAACAUCUUCUCUCGAAGAGUUGAAACGGCGCAAAAUGGCUGCGAGGGCGGCAGAAAAGGAUCUUUUAAUAGAGAUGAAGGAAUUUGUCCAGACCACCGUGAAACCCUUCUACGAAUUCGUGUCGCAGGAGGACUUUGUUAUCAAGGAAAAGGGUAUCCAGACUAUCUCCGCGGCGCAAUUCGAGUAUGCAUUGCAAAAGUGUAAUCGUACUCGUAUAAAUGAAUUACAAAUGUCCUCAGCAUGAGAAAUAGAAUUUGUAAUGCGGAUUUAGUUUAAGACAAAGAUCUGUAAUGCAUGACUGCAAUUACUACGAGUGCGAUACUUUUGCACAGGAUAUCGAGCAGUUUGUGAUGGAAGACUCGCACGAGUACCCCGUGGUUUUGCAGAUGUACGAGGAAAUAUGAAACAGCACAACUCCCCCUCCCCCACCUUUGUGUUGCAUGAACAGCAACACAAGUGGCAAAGAUGCUGCUUUUGCAUGACAAAUUCCUAGAGGAUUGCAGUGCUGUUUUGGCUUUCGGAAUCUGUCAUGCAAAAAGUGCUAACAGGCAAAAGGUAGACUUGGAAUUUGCAUCACAAAUGAGGGGGAGGAAGGGUUGUGCACUGUAAUAGGAAACCUGCUUUCUGUGCUUCCUCAUGCGCCCCAUGAUGGAGAGCUUGGUACAACAUAAAACCAUGUACCAUUCCGUGCAAGAUGUUGCCAUGUGCUCAAUACGUGAUUCCGAUUUAUUGUGUAUUUUGAUGAUCAUGUGAAGGUUCACGUUGUACACAUCAAAUACUGCACAAAGACCGCUCCUGGAGCAUGUACAUAAUGUUGCAAUGAAAUAAAUCAGGCCCGCCUGCAAGAGUUCGCUUUUCUUGAUCCGGUGCGGUUUCUGCGCAUCAAUGUGGAGCAGAACGAUUUUCCUCCAGGGCUCCCGAUGGCCCGCGGCACGCCGCAGUUUUUGCUCUACAAGGAGGGCUAUCAGCUGCACAUAAUAUGUAGUGUCUGCGUCUGGAAAGAACUUGUGAUGCCAGUCUGUGAAUAAAGAAUGGUGGGCGCACUGCAGUACGGAGCUACGCAUGACAGAUUCUUGAGGUCGUGCUAUGUGGUGCGUAUUUCUAUUUUUACGCAUGACAAAUUUCCGCAUUUUUUCAUGGCAGGUAAGAGGGGCUGUUUGUGGUGCACAACAUGCAUCACAAACCUCGGAUUCAUGCCAGACAAGCAUGACAAACAUGCGCAUUCCUCCAGAGGACCCAGAUCUUCGAUAUUUGCCAUGCAUAAUCGCAAGGGCGUGAAGUGUAUGAACUGCAAAAGUAUCGUAGUACUCGUAUGAAUGCACUACAAAUUUCCUUAGCAUGAGAAAUAAAAUUUGUAAUGUGGAUUGACCUGCUUAAGAAAAGGAUUUGUAAUUGCAAUACGAGUAUCAGAUACUUUUGCACAGGAUAAAGUGGGACGAGUUCAAGCCGCAGGAUUUUGUGACGAAACUGAUUUACGUAUGACAGUGCAUAACUCCCCCCUUCCCUCAUUUGUCAUGUAAAUUACUACCAAAUCCAGGCGCUGCCCCUUGGCACUGUUUGCAUGACAAACUCCAGAAAAGCCCAAACAGUACUAUACUCGUCCUGUGCAAAUUUGUCAUGCAAAGCCAACACUCUUACUGACGCUUGUAUUGCCGUUCAUGCUACACGAAUGAGGGGGAGGCGAAGUUGUGCACUCUCAUAUUCCGAGUUCCAGAUUGAAGACGUAGAACAGGUAGAGAAGCUGAAAAUUCUCGCCGAGACCGUACAGCGCAGGUUCCAGCUGUUCACCGCGGUCGCCAUGUGGCAGUUAGAGUUGAGAAAAUUGGAAGAGGAACUCAGCGCAUCCGCGGAACUCAUGGCUACAGGAGGCGAAAAUUCCGCUGCGGCGCCGGAACCAGACAAGGAGUGGCUCAACCGGGCGUUGCCAGCGGCAGGAAGUGGCGGUGGAGAUGAUAUGCAUUGCAAAAGUAUCGUACUCGUAUAAAUGCAUUACAAAUUUCCUCAGCAUGAGAAAUAAAAUUUCUCAUACGGAUUUACCUUCGGGAAAAAAAUUGUAAUGCAUGACAGCAAUUACUACGAGUACGAUACUUUUGCACAGGAUAGAUGAUGGAUUCUCGCAAGUGAUCGCGGCUCUGAUGGCCGCUGACAUGAAGCGAACGGACACACUGGACCAGAACCUGAAGGUUUUGGAGAAAGAGGCCGAAGAACUAGAAAAGGACGUCUCGCUACUGGGCGUGAUGCUCGGGAAAGCGGUGGAAAAGGGGGAAAAGGACCAAGGGAGAAGCGGGGCAGGUCCAGAGGCGGGGAAAAGUAGCAGUUGUGCCGACAAAAAAGACGGUGACACCACACGAGGCGCCCAGACGAAGGAUGAGCCAAGUAAAUCUGGCGAAGAAAGGAAACACGACAUCAGAGGAGCUGCUGCUGCUACUUCUGCCCAGGACGACGUAUAGCUGCUGUAUUCAAUUACAAUUUAUCGGCUAGGGUUAUUGAUGUUUGAUCGUGAAGCUGAAGGUUCCAAUAAUUCAUUUCUUCCAUAAGGAUCGAACAUCCCAUGAUGAGAAUGACAAAUAACCUUUGGUCUAACUACAUUAUGAUGGAAUUCCUGUUGUGAAAAAUCAACAACACACUCACGCUCUUCCUGUUGCUCUUCAUUGUCAUCACGUACACGACGUCGAUCACACCAGGUCGUCGCCCCUGCUAGCGGAAGAACAACUCCUCCUGCUUCUGCACCCGACCCCUCCGCUCCAAGAGCAGCAGGCCAGCCUUCGAUGGCAGCUCCUUCGAAGAAAAGUACUCGACGAAAAAGUGCGUCGACGCGAGAGGAAGAUGACAACAUCUCGAAGAUGAUGAACCACAAUUGCAUCACCGAAAAUGACGACAGCAACAUCUUCCCACACACAGAGGAGUGUAACUUUUCAUCCGAACAGCAUCAAUCUGCAUCAAGCCGCGGCGCAGCGGGCGAAAACAAAAAUGUUGAAAAUAAAGCGAAGAGUAGAAGUUUCUGGCGUCAGCGGUCAGCAGGCGCGACGACCACAAGCAAUGGGCGACAGCAGGAUGGCGCAGUUGGUGGAGGUGGAGACACUACUGCCGUUCGUGUUGGAAAUACUACGCCGAAGAGGAAGAAUACUCACUACGACGGUGCAGCAGCAGAUGAACCACAAGUAGUUGAGCAUGAAGACCCCAGUCGUGGCAGUCCCAGUGCUCGGGUAGCUGUCGGCAGCAGUCUGAUUUCGGACCUACCCACGCCGUCGAAAUCCAAGAAGGGAGGAGCAUAGGAGGUGGAAGAUCAUGAAGUAGUAUCUAUUACUUGUCUCCUUUUUUCCGAACAAAGUCCUGCAACUACGAAGGAGCCGUCCGCGGCGGCUAAAAAACACGACCCAGAUCAAAAGCCAAUGCGUUUUGAAGUAGGAGGACAACAUGAACCCUCCGUAAUGUUCUUCACUUCAGAUUGCAAAAAUGCGUUGGAAUGUUGACCCUCCAUGUGGGCGGUACUAGAUGUAGGCGCAUUUUUGUAAAACGUCAGAUCCGGACAGUAGAGCAACAAGACAAUAUAAAAUCUACUUGCACGGCCUUGUGUUGAGAUGGUAU